AGAGAGAGAGAACGGGGCAGAGAGGGGGAAUGUGAAAGGGGCCAGGGGGAGAUUAACAACAGCCCGAGACAGCCCGGAAUAGAGUCUAAUGAACAGAUAAGGAGCUCAAACCAUCUCGCUGGAAGUCUAAACCUGCAUUGCAGCAGAUGUCUCAAUGUCUCAGGAGAAUCACCAGUGCUGCAGUUCCAAAGAACAGGAGCCAUCGCCCACUCCACAAGAGACGCGAUUGUCCCGGGAUAGAGAUGUUGGGAAUGAAGGAGCAAGAGAUUACAGAGAGGACACUGCAGUAUUCCUGGAGCAGACAGCUUCCCAUGAGGCUGGAGGUCACAGUUCAGCAGGAAGUGCUAUAACAUAUCAACCCAAGGCCCCCCAUACAGCAAGAUGCUUGGUGCCAGAAGAUGCUGGACAGUGUCCUGUUUUAUCGCAGACUAGUAUCAGACAUGCAGCCCACUCACACAGCACAGAUACUGAUGCUGCAGGCACAGCAGAAAGCCCAAUCACCCACUCUCUGACUGGGCACAGAGCACAUUACAGUCCUGUGGAGCACUCCACCCCACUGAGCUCACACAGCCAGCAUGGGAAGCUGCAGUCUUAUCCCUCCAUCAACAGCCACAGCAGCAAGAAGAGUAAAUCCAGUUCCAGGUCAACGGCAUCUCAGAUCCCAUCUGACGCAGAGGAAGAUUGCUGUGUUCACUGUAUCCUGGCCUGCCUUUUUUGUCAGUUCCUCACCCUGUGCAACCUUGUGUUAGACUGUGCGACUUGUGGAACCUGUGCCUCAGACAGCUCCUGCUGUUUCUGCUGUGGCUCGGAGGAAUGUGGGCCGUGUGACUUGCCAUGUGAUCUGGAUUGUGGCAUCGUGGAUGCUUGCUGUGAAUCAGCAGACUGCCUGGAGAUCUGCAUGGAGUGUUGUGGCCUCUGCUUCUCCUCAUAACUGUGAAUCACGGCAAUCCAGAUGGGCUUCAAUGGGAACAUGGCACAGUUGUUGGUUUUGCUCAGACUCAGAGACUCUGCAGCCAAUGGAGGGAAUGUCCUCCAGGCCAAGGAAAAGUGUAUGAGAAUCCCAACUCUGAAAGCUAGUAUUGCCAGGACUGGAAGACAAGACAUAAGUCACAAAGACAUUGUCGGCAUCGCCAUCAGUUCGUUCAGAUAUCAUGUUAAAAACCAUGAUCUUCAGACACUUCAAACUCCAAAGGUUUUUGUGGGUCAGUUUAUUUUGUUCCCCUUCACCUGCUCAGAUCGUGCCCCCCCGCCCCCACCAGUGGUAUCCCAUGUUGAAACUGCUCUUCAGUCCUUGAUCCCAGUCCUGCAUUCUACAGGAAAUGCAGAAUAAGGGGAAAGUGGCAGUGGG